GGAGGAGGAGGAGGAGGAGGCGGCGGCGAGAAGAUGGCGACUUCGAACAAUCCGCGGAAAUUCAGCGAGAAGAUCGCCUUGCACAAUCAGAAGCAGGCGGAGGAGACAGCGGCCUUCGAGGAGGUCAUGAAGGACCUGAGCCUGACGCGCGCCGCGCGGCUUCAGCUUCAGAAGUCCCAGUUCCUGCAAUUGGGCCCGAGCCGUGGCCAGUACUACGGAGGCUCCCUGCCCAACGUGAACCAGAUCGGGAGUGGCACCAUGGACCUGUCCUUCCAGCCCAGCGGAUUUCUGGGGGAGGCCCUGGCAGCGGCUCCUGUCUCUCUGACACCCUUCCAGUCCUCAGGCCUGGACACCAGCCGGACCACCCGACAUCAUGGGCUAGUGGACCGAGUGUAUCGAGAACGUGGCCGGCUUGGCUCCCCGCACCGCCGGCCCCUGUCAGUGGACAAACAUGGACGGCAGGCCGACAGCUGUCCAUACGGCUCUGUGUAUCUGUCACCACCCGCGGACACCAGCUGGAGGAGGACCAAUUCAGACUCCGCCCUUCACCAGAGCACAAUGACACCCACCCAGUCAGAAUCCUUUACGGGUGGAUCUCAGGAUGCACACCAGAAAAGAGUCUUACUGUUAACAGUCCCAGGAAUGGAGGAGACCACGACCGAAGCAGAUAAAAACCUUCCCAAGCAAGCGUGGGACACCAAGAAGACGGGGUCCAGGCCCAAGUCCUGUGAGGUCCCCGGAAUCAACAUCUUCCCAUCCGCCGACCAGGAAAACACUACAGCCCUGAUCCCCGCCACCCACAACACGGGGGGCUCCCUACCUGACCUGACCAACAUCCACUUCCCCUCCCCCCUCCCGACCCCUCUGGACCCCGAGGAGCCCACCUUCCCCGCGCUGAGCAGCUCCAGCAGCACUGGCAACCUCGCCGCCAACCUGACGCACCUGGGCAUCGGCGGCGCCGGCCAGGGGAUGAGCACGCCUGGCUCCUCUCCGCAGCACCGACCUGCUGGUGUCAGCCCGCUGUCCCUGAGCACAGAAGCAAGGAGGCAGCAGGCCCAGCAGGUGUCGCCCACCUUGUCCCCACUGUCACCCAUCACUCAGGCCGUGGCCAUGGACGCCCUGUCUCUGGAGCAGCAGCUGCCCUACGCCUUCUUCACCCAGGCUGGCUCCCAACAGCCGCCCCCGCCGCAGCCCCAGCCCCCGCCACCUCCACCGCCGGCGUCCCAACAGCAGCCGCCCCCGCCGCCGCCUCAGGUGCCCGUUGGCCUACCCCCGGGAGGCCCUCUGAUGCCAAGCGCCAGCCUGACGCGGGGGCCACAGCUGCCCCCGCUCGCGGUCACGGUACCGUCCUCUCUCCCCCAGUCCCCCCCAGAGACCCCGGGCCAGCCAUCGAUGGGGAUUGACAUCGCCUCGGCGCCGGCUCUGCAGCAGUACCGCACUAGCGCGGGCUCCCCGGCCAACCAGUCUCCCACCUCGCCUGUCUCCAAUCAAGGCUUCUCCCCCGGGAGCUCCCCGCAACACUCGUCCGCCUUGGGCAGCGUGUUUGGGGACUCAUACUAUGAGCAGCAGAUGGCAGCCAGGCAGGCCAAUGCUCUGUCCCGCCAGCUGGAGCAGUUCAACAUGAUGGAGAACGCCAUCAGCUCCAGCAGCCUCUACGGCUCCGGCUCCACACUCAACUACUCGCAGGCGGCCAUGAUGGGCCUCACGAGCAGCCACGGGAGCCUGCAGGACACGCAGCAGCUGGGCUACUCCAGCCACAGCGGCAUCCCCAACAUCAUCCUCACAGUGACAGGAGAGUCCCCUCCUAGCCUCUCUAAAGAACUGACCAGCACUCUGGCCGGGGUCAGCGAUGUCAGCUUCGACGCUGACAACCAGUUCCCCCUGGAUGAACUCAAGAUCGACCCCCUGACCCUCGACGGACUGCACAUGCUCAACGACCCUGACAUGGUCCUCGCUGACCCGGCCACUGAGGACACCUUCCGGAUGGACCGUCUGUGAGCGGCCAUGCCUGGCACAGUGCCGCCGGUCCGUGGUCUCCGACGGCGUCCCUCCAAGCCUGGGGGCGGCCACACUCCGUCCCUCGCAAACGGCCGAGCUUGUGAUUCUGAGCUUGCAAUGCCGCCCGGCGCCCCCACCAGCCCGCCCCCCCGGUUGUUCACCUCCCGCUGAAGCCCGGCGAGGCCCCGAGCUGGGCCCUCCGUCCGUCCGUCCGCCUAGGGCCAGGCUGGGGUCAGAGGCUGUGAGUCCUCACUCCCGCAGACCCUCCCUGCGCUCGCUCCUCUCCUACCCCGGGGCCGGGCACGAGCCCCCCACAGGAUGCUGAGAGUGGGGUGUCAGGAGGCUUGGGGUGGGUGUCUGGGCCGAGGUGCACUUUCCGACUGUUGAUGAGCUCUCACUGCCUUCCUUCAUCCCGUCCCCGCCACCGCCAUCCCCAGCCCUCGAUCAGGUAGACAGCGGCCCCACCUGCCAAGGCAGAAGGUGCCAGAGGAGGGACAGGCAGAGUGAAAUAAACACUAUUUUGAUGGCCGUCUUCUAUUUUCUGAGCACACUCAAAAGCACUAGGCGCUGUCCCGGGCGAACGUUAGAUGUGACCCAGCAUGCGGAGCGGCCGGCGCCCCCUCGCCCUCCCACCCCUUCAGCCCAGCCAGGGCCUUCUGUCCCGAGAUGCCCAGACAGACUGAAGCAGACCGCAGCUGCCCCGGGCAGGGAUGACCUGGGUCUUUAUCUCCCCCUCCCUGUCCUGUGGUCACGUUAGAGGUCCGUACUGUUACUAAGGCGUGGGGGGUCGGGUGGGUAGGUGGCCAGGGAAUCUCUGUCGUGAUUUUUUUUUCUUCUUUGGUUUGUAUUUACAUUUGGUUGUAGAUGAGUAGCUGAAUCUUUCCAGCCAACACUUGCCUGAGAGCAUGAUUUUAUAAUCCCAGAAUCCUGUGUUCCCCAUUUUUAAGCUAACUGGAAACGUGGGCUGAUAAACCCAGGAGCGGUGGCCGCCCGCAGGCCCAAGCCCGAGCCUCGGACUUUCUUAGUUUUUCGGCCACCAAGAGGCCACCUAAGGCCCCGCCUGUCAGAAGCUCGUGAUGGCUAAAGAGGCCGCUGUUGGUGCAUGAAGCAGACUUUGGGGACGUAGCCCAUUUUAUGGGAGGGUCUCUGCAAGACCUGACUCCGCCUGCUGCUCCCCAGUGUGUCCCCAAGCCUCACCUUGAAGACCCCAUGACUGGGGCCUCUGCGCCAAGGGCAUCAGGACCAGUGGGAAAGAGUGGACCCUUGAGAGCCAGGGCAGAGCUGGCCUUUCGUCUUCUGCACCCUGCCCUCUCUGGCUCCCGGUCCAGGCCUCUGAUGGGCCUUGUGUCCCAGCCACCAGUUUUUGGUGCCUCAGCCAGGACCGAGGGACUUGGAGGCAAAGGGCAGCGUGUGUCUUAGUGGCAGGUUUCCAGGUGCUUUGAGAAGUGCCUCUGGAGGCCAAGGUUGCAGUGGGGCACCCGGAGUGGCCUCAGACACUGCCACCACAGGCCCUGUGACAGGCAGUGGCACAGCUGUUUUCUGUCUCCCGCUCUGGGAUGUGACACUGUUGGGUUUUUCCUCUGGGUUGCACCUUGACGCCCUCGCCUGCGCCUCUGCCCACCAGGCUGGCACCUUCUGCUGGGUGCGUUUCUUUGUGGUGUCACAGCUGCCACCUCCGCCAGGUCACAGGAGCCCUCAUUCUGUCCUCCGGAGCUGCAUUUGAUACUAGCACCGUUCCUCCCUCUCCUUCCCAGUGACACUGUUAGCACAUGGCCAAGCAGCCAGGUGGCAACUGUCCUCCUGGGUCACUGUGCACCUGCUGCUGUCCAUCACUCUGGGCUUGAGCACAGCAUUAGACAGUGCCCAGGUCACAGCCCAUUCUGCUGCUGGGAUGGGAGCCGGAAGCAAAAAAAAGUGGGGACAUUUUUUUUUUUUAAGAAAAACUCUGUACACGGGAGGCUUUGGUUACAUUAGACUUGUAUGUAGAACUUUAAAAAAUGGCCUUAAUAAAAUCCCACACAACCUGCCUGGGCACAGUUUUCAAAUAAGGCGUUGGGGACCUCACAAAGGAGCCUCAUGGGCCGCCACUAACUGUCCAUUGAGCCACUGGCCAAUGCCACCGCCAGUGCUCUUUCAGGCUCUUGGUGCAGAAGGCGAGAGAGGAGGGACAGUGCCCUCUGAGCAUCCCAGGUUUGUGGCCCGUCAGCCAGGACCACAGGUGACAUUGUAUUAACGCAGUGGCCUUGGCUCAUCGCCAAAUUCUUUUUCCAGUGGGAAUGAGGUGAUCAAGGUCAGGGCUUCCUGGGAAGAUGCUGGGCCUUGUUCGUUCUCGGGGCCAGCUGGGAGCCAGCAGCCAGGCGUCCGUGUUCUGGAAACGCUCACCCCCUCUGCACCUGGGCAGGCCACCUGGGCUCUGUAACGGGAUUUUGUGGGGGUCUUUUUUUAGAUGUCACUUCUCUACUAAAUAUUCCUGAAUUGCCAAGACUUUCUAAAACAAGACAGUUUAAGGGAACCAGCCCUGUGCUUUGUGACGUGAAAAUACUGUGAUUUAGACGCGCUGCACCAGGAGGGCCAGGCCAGGGGCCCCUGCAGCAUGUAUAUAGCCCCGCCGCUCGUGUCCUCGUUUGGGACAGGCUUGGAUACUCGGCCCUUGCCAGGUCAGAGGCAGGGCCAGGCCAGCCGUUCCCCCAGCCCUACCCAGGUACUCCCGGCUUUGGCCAGGCCCCUCCGCUUUGCAGACCCUCCCCCAGGGCAGAAGCAAGACAGGGGGCUUCUGAGAACACCACGUCCCCACCGCCUCUUCUACCCCCGCCCUCUGGGUCCGGGGGGGGGUGCAUUUGCUCCCCCACAAGGCUCAGAGCCAGAGCCUCCAGGUCAGCCCCUUUGUGCUCCGGGCGUUUUGCUCCACAGGGCCCCACCUGGGACACUCCUCUCUGGUGCCACCUUCUUGUGGCUCUUCAGUGCUAUGGAGGAAGAUUCUGACAUGGUGUGAUUUCUCCAGGUGGCCCAGCUCUCUGGAGGACACAGCAGGGUCCCCUACAGAGGCCCGUGUUUCAAGGUGGGGCAUGGAAUGGAGGCCAGUGGCCUUUGAUGGACAUGGGACAUCACAGCCAGGGCUGCUGGCCAGCAGCUGCCUAUAGCCGCUCGGGGGCACAGCCCAGGGAGGGAUAGGCAGGGCCAGACAGCUGGGCAGCCACCCAGUGUCAAUGCCUGUCCCUAGAGGGGGCUCAGGGACCCCCAGCCCUCCUGUCUUGGUGGGUCCUCAGCUGGUCCAACCAAACACUCUUCCAAAUCCCCACCUGAUCUGGCUCCCGGUUUUCUGUAUUUCCAAAGAAGGCCUCGAGCGCCUGGUGAGCUGGGCGUGGUGAGGCCAGGUGGUCCUGGGCCUCCUCGCCCUCCAGUGGUUCCUGGUGCAGCUGGUGGCCAGAGGUCACAGGGUCCUCAGUGGGGGGGUGGGAUGAGGGGCCCUCAGCACCAGGGGCCCCAAUGCCAACGAUAGAAAGUACCCUUGAGCCUGGUGCAUUGUCGCCCUGCAGGUGACACUCCAGGUGAGGGGACCAUGGCUCCUGGAGCCCUCCCCACAUGGCCUGGAGAGCUUGGGGAAGACUCAAUCCUUUACAACCCCCCGAGGAUGCUUGGGGUGCGGAGGCAGCAGGGUCCCUUUAAGCCGCAUUCUCCUUGGCCCCUGAGUCCCCAUUUCCUACAGGGGUCUUCUGGCAUUUGACUUGGUGUCCCUGGGACAUCCCCCUCAGGUGUGCCCAGUCAACUUGGCCUGAGCCAACCGUGUCCUUGGGUUCUUUCCAAGGAGUUCUGGCCAGCCAGGGCUCGGGUACCACUCAGAGCCCUCCGUGUGGUAUGAGUGUCCCUUCUACCUUUGUCACCCAGGGACAGGAGGUGGGUGACCUGCAUCCCAGGCCUGGGUGCGAGGCUACUCCCAAGGGCAUGGGGUCAGGAGUGAGCCCCAUGGGGCCUGAGCCUCAGUUUCCCUCCUGUCACUUUUUAAACCUGAAGGUCUCAGGGCCCCCGGCUCCCUGGCCAGGGUCGGGGGCAGAGGCUGGCCUUGGGAUGGUGCUGGUUCCAGAUGGCUCCAUCCACCUUUCUCCGCGUGGCUCAUGUUAGGGGUGGGGGUGGUCUCACAGGGUUCUGGGUCUGGGAUCAAUCCAUGUUCGGCCUUGCUCAGCCCAGCUGGUCAAGCACUUCUGACCUCCUGCCCACUGGGGACAUGGGGACAUAGCCAUGGCCUCGCACCACACCCCGGAGACUGGGCUUUGGCAGCCCAGAUCCACAGGCCCUGCCUUGCCCCCACUAGGAACUGCCCCCCAGGGGCUGGGCAGCCCCAUUGAUAUAUGCAAACCUGCUGGUCCAAGCCCCGCCCUGCCCGUGCCCCUCUGUGCCCAGGCUGGCUCUGUCCCCCAGCAUGUACACUCCACUGCGGAUGUCCUGUGGGCCUGCGCGGGCGCUGUGGCAGGCAGGCAGGGCGGGCGCUUAGGGCACUCUUGGCUGCCCCUGCCCGCCCUCCGGCGCGGACGCUUUUGUCUUUGUACCUUUGCAUCCUUUGUAAUGAAAUGGAAUAAAAAUCCAAUGUUUUCGUC